AUGCCAACCUACGACCAAAACGAUGUGUUCAGCUCGACAUCCCAAUUCCUAUCCCCUCCCAAGUCGACACUGCAAAAGGUUUCUUCACGCCACAACUUGAAGAACAAACGAUCCAGUUCCUCUCUACACGGCUCCUCUAGCUUAGCUCAUUCGAUGGAGGAGGACGCAGCAGGAAAUGGUCGGUUUUCUUUGGCUCACGAGUUGGCGGUAGCUUUGAUGCCUGAACCAAGUGCUGGGUCGAAAUUAUUAGCUGAGGAGUUUGGGAUCGAGUAUGAUGAAGGUGCUGAAGGGAUCGAUGAGGACGGCUUCCAUGAACGGGUUCAGGAGGAUAACGCUACGAUAUCACCGUCAUUUACAAAUGAGCUGUCCACAAUGGAUGGUGUAGGGGAUGCAUCGUUCGACGCUAUACCAGGCCAUGACCAGGAGUCAACCGACGUUGAUCCUGUCUUUGCGUCCCCUUCAUCGAAGAGGCAUAAAGUGCCCAAAGGGCUGCCUCAAGAUCCAAUGGAGGUCCUUGCUCAGGACCUGGAAUCCACCGACAACUUCCUUUCUCAUUUACGGCAUAUCGACUCAGAGCACGGUUCCUCGACACUGCAACUGCCUGCCUUGGAAAAGAUUGCAUCGGAUGUCAUUCGACGGCUUAAUGACACUGCUAGGGAUAGGGAGGGUCAAGUAAGAGAGCUUUUAGGGUAUGAGAGAGAGUUUCGAAAGAUUGCUGGAGAGGUUGGGGGUAACGAUGUGCUUGGUCAACUGGAAGAGUUGAAAGAGAUGAAGGAAUUGUUGGAAGAGGAUGAAGAGGUGCAAGAACCAUUUAAAUCGAACCACUCGCGUUCAAUCUCCCAAUCAACACCUGUAGACGGUUUUGCUCGUCACUCUCGAGCGGAAAGUACGGAAGAAUGGAAUAUAGAAAUCCGCAACCCUGACUACGAUGCAGAAGAUGACACCUCCGAGCUGGCACCCACACCGAUUAAAGAUACCUUCCCCCCGCCUCCACCGCUGAAGGGUCCUCCAUCUCCAGCAUCGACGGUGUCACAACUUGCUCAUCUACGUACUAUCAACACGUCUCUUGUCACCACAUUAUCCACGCUGUCAGAGCAUGCCCAGAUCAAUGGUGCUGCGACAACGGAGGCAGGUCGAAAGAUACGUGCCCUUAAGAACAAGAUUGGAACCUGGCGAACAGACUGGGACAGUGCGGAGCGUAGUCGGAUUAAAAUUGAACGAUGGGAAGCAGGAAUACUAGAUGGCUCGGACAGCACGGAACCCUCUCCCUCACAUACCCCGUCAGCUUACAAGAGGCUGGAUGGAAGGGCAAUUGUCCAGGAGCACUUGCAAGCCUUUGAACGUGCACUCGCCGAUGCCGGAAUGAGGACGAAGGCCAUUAUGGCAUCAUGA